AUGGAAGAAUCCAAUGGUGGGUCAAGAGUGGACGCACUGAAAAUGAAUCACCCAGUAAGUAUAGAUGCUCAAGUGCAAACCGAUGAUGGAUUGCAUCGUGAAGGAAAAUCUUAUCGCGGGCGUGGACGAGGACAUUGGAGAGGUGGUGGUCGUGGUGGUCGAGGAUUUAAACGGAGAACACGUGGUGAUGGUGGACCGUGGAACAAGCGACGGCGGUUUGGUUAUACAGGUACCGUUGAUGAUUUCCCGUUUCUUCAUGGUGGCAAUAGCAAGGAUCCGUUAAAUCUGAAGUCGGUGAAACCAGUCGAUGAAACAGAAAAUAUGAAACCAAUCGAUAUCAUCAUACCGAAGAAUAUUCAUGACCCGUUAAAUCUACGAAAUGUCAACAAAAAUCGUGCUAGGAGAAAAAGACGCAAUAGCAAACUGACAGAAAAAGAAGAAGCUGAAGGUAGUAGCGAAAGCUCAUCUAAACGGCGGGGAAGCAUUGCUAGCGGGGUGAACGAAAAGAGACAAGAAGAUCCGAUUGUAUCACCUAUACCUCUUUCAGUCGUGAGGAAGUUUUGCGGAAAUUCAUCCAGAAAGCUGUCGCAUCAAAAAAUCGAAAAAAAAGGACGAAAAAUGCAGGAUAGCACUGAAAAACUGCAACCGUCAUUUGGAACGGUGCCAGGAGCGAGUCACUCACAAGCAAUUGAAAUAUGCAAAGUAGAAGAUGAGAAAAUUGCAGAUGAGAAAAAGAAAAAAGUAGAGAAAAAAGCGAGAGAUAAUCAAAGAUUUCGAUAUGGUAAUUAUACUCGGUAUUACGGAAGUCGUCUUGAAAAAGGUAGCGGCCAUGAUCCGCGGAUGAAGGUGUUGAAGAAAGAAUGGUUCGAGAAAAAAUCAGUUUUAGAUAUCGGUUGUAAUGUUGGCUAUUUGACUCUCUCCAUUGCCAAGGAGUAUCAACCGAGGAACAUUGUUGGCAUUGAUAUCGACGCUCAUUUAGUUGGCGUGGCCCGAAAGAACAUACGGCACUAUUGUGACAACGAUGUACCUAUUGUUGCUGGUUUCCCAGCAUCAUUUGCUCAACGCUAUGGGCCAGUUUCCGCACCGCUUACAACUUUUUCAACUAAAUUCCCCGAUAACAUAUGGUUUCGUUGUGAAAAUUAUGUACUGGAAAAGGAUGAAUUGUUAGAUGCGGUCAAAGAAGAAUACGAUGUUAUCAUGGCGUUAAGUAUCACGAAAUGGAUUCAUUUGAACUGGGGAGAUGCUGGAAUCAAGCGUUUUUUCAAACGUGUUUAUCGACACCUUCGUCCUGGUGGUCUAUUUAUCUUGGAACCACAAAGUUUUGAAACCUAUAAGAAACGAUCAAAACUGACGAAAGACAUCAGUGACAUGUACAAAGCGAUUGAAUUUAUGCCAAAUGCAUUCCAAGAAUAUUUAAUUGUCGAUAUUGGUUUUGAUAUCUGUCAACAUAUCGAUCCUCCUAAAGCACAUACAAAAGGUUUCGAGCGACCGAUCCAGGUAUACUGCAAGCGGGUGUCUCAUUCUUUUACCAAAGCAAGUUGUUAUGAUCACGACAGUCUUCCGAAAACUUGUGCCGCAGAUUCAUUUUCACUGUGUAAUGUUACUUCUGAAGUCGUAACAAAAACUUCGAUUGCAAUGGAGUCACACGUAGGAUAA